UGCAACAUCUUCUCUCUCUGUAUGGCACCGGCUGGGCUCUCGGUAUGGAGAGAAGCCGGAGAUCGAGACUGUUGCUGCUGUUGCUGCUGGUAACGGGAACUUUUUCGAGACGGCAGGGAAUCAGGAUGCGGUCUUGGCGUGGUCACGUGCCGGAUUCCUGGUCUCGACUCCCAUCAGGACAACUUGAGCAUCGUGAAGGCUGACUGGAAUAGAAGGCCGAAUUCCACACUUACUCCUCUAUUUCCUUUUGUCUGGAUACAUUUCCACUAUAUACCUGACAAUACUUCUAUAACGAGAUGCUUCAGCGCUGGGUCCACACCCUUUGGGCGCUGCUACUGCUGGCCUCAGUAGCACAGGCUCAAUUCCAGUUCUUCGAGAACAUGUUCGGAGGACAUCGCCAGGAGCAUGCCCGUCAGGAGCCGCAAAACGUCGCUAGCGACAGUUCAUGGUACCAGAAGAACUGGGAAGGAGCUCGCUGCAACAACUAUCUAUGCCCUGGAACUCUUGCAUGCGUCCACUUCCCGCAUCACUGCCCCUGCCCACACGAUACAGUCGAGGAAAAAGUCGAGUUGGGUGAAGGAAGCGCGGUCUGCGUCUCGAAAGGAGGAUAUAAACCCGGGGAAGCAGCACGCAAGAUUGAACUGGCGCGCAAGGGGCUUAUAUGAAUACCAACAAUCUUUCUGGAUAAAUUUGAAUAAAUUCAAAUCGCUAUCAGACAUCAAGCGCCGAGUCCCAUGAGAGACUAUAAUGGAUCAUGCUGUCACUUAUUGCAUAUCGGUUGUCCGUGUGGAAGACGGCUCUUCUGACAAGAUCCAAUGCACAUGCAGAUAACCACACACAUACCCUACUCAAGACAUUCUUAUAAUUUAUAUUCAGUUCUCAGCUGAUAGCGAGCAAGGCGUCUGUCUCUUCUACCACAUUCUCCAAAUUUGUAGAGGCGGGCUUAU